AUGAAAAAAAGAGGAAUUCCGACGGAAGUUGGUAUGUUUUUAAAACCAAAAAUAUAUGAAACCGAAAUAAAAAAUUUUUCCAACUCAUCCCUAAACCCAAAUGGCGCAGAACAAGUCUGCGCCUAAUAAAAAAAGUGAAGGAUAGUUUCCGAAUAAGAUUAUACACUGAAAAAAAGUUUCUUGCUUGCAAAGUUUCAUGAUCCUAUAAAAUACACAAAUUUCGAAAAAAAGCGAACUUACUUUUUUUCCGAAGAACUAUUAAAAAUGAACUAUGUUCUUUUUUAGGCAGUGAAACAAAAUGGAGAAGUCAAUUUGUUGGGUUUGGCCAUCAAUACCGUCUACAACAUAGAAACUGGCCUCGCUACCCCGUAUACUCAAGCUAAAGUUUGGAAAAAGAGCCAAUCUCUCAAGAUUGGUUUUAACUUUCAGAGCAAAAUCUCUGCGCUUCUGAGGAGAUCUGACAGAAUUGACGUUGACGAUUUGACCGCCCAAGCGGCUCUCCAUCACAAGUCGCCGAAAGAGACCCACUACCUCUACCUGGCCGGUGCAGCCAUAAUGGUUCAUUUCAACUGA